UUUUUUUCUUUUUUUACAAAAAUUAAAAUAAGGAAAAAAGUCUUGACUUAAAACCUUAAACAAGUCAAGUAAGAAUUAAAUUGGGGUGACACGUUUUUUAAACACUACCUCAGUCAUUCUCACCWGAUUCCUUUUUAUUGAUUAGUCACAUGUGCCACCCUUUGUUUCUGCCAAGUGGCUUCUGCUGUUUAUAAUGAAGUGCGAUAGAACAGAAGUGAUGUUUCUGCAGAGGUGAAAAUUUCACAUAUCAGAAUCAGCAGCAGCUUCAGUUUCAAUUACCAUAAUCUGAAAAAACAACACAUCUUAAGGAAUCACUGAGUACAUCUACAACUGAUUAACUUUUAGAGUCUGCAUUGUUAUACUUUGUCCCCUCUCCUUAUUUGUUAAGAUAUUGCUUUAGUUUAAAACUUGCUUAAAAUGCAAUUCUUUGAAGGAAUAGGCCUUCAACUUAAACUGGUUUUGUUGCACAAAAAUGCGUGCUCUAGAUGCGUCAGUUGCUCAAAGCAAUAAAGAGUCAACGUAAACAUUGUGUUAUUGCCAUCGCACAAAAUGUGUUCAAAUUCCACAUUUAAUUGUUCUCUGUCUUGUUGAAGUUUCAGUGUCUCAGAAACCAGAGUUCGACUACAUCAAGUUCAACUGGAACAAGAUGACAGCCUCUGAGUUUGARGAGCACUGGAAGCAGACAAAGAUGACAAAGAAGGCAGAUUUCAUUCACAUGAUACAGAUGCUGUACUACGUGAAGGAUCCCGGCGCUACCAUCAGCUUCUUCCAGAGUCUGCUCAGUGAGAACGGGAAGCUGGUUAUUAUUCUGGUGUCUGAGAACAGCGGCUGGGAGAUGUUGUGGCAGAAAUUCAGGAGCCAGUUCUGCAACACAGAAAUAAGUCAGUGUGUAACCACAAGAGACAUCAAAAGCUACCUGGACUCCAAGGGAGUGAGCUACCAGAGCUUUGACCUGCAAUCUCAAAUGGAUAUCACCGAGUGUUUCAUUGAAGGCGAUGAGAAGGGAGAGCUGCUGCUUGAUUUCCUCACAGAGGUGCUGAACUUUAGUAAAACUGCCUCUCGGGAGCUGAAAACCUGCGUGCUGGAGCUGCUUCAGCACCCAAAGUGCAGCACGGAGUACGAGGGCAAAGUUAUCUUUAACAACAACCUUGGAGUCAUAAUCCUUGAUAAACCAACUUAAAAAGACACACCGAUACUAUAUGGCGGCAAGUUUAUGACACAGAUGAUGAAAUACUUUUAAAACAUGGUGAAUUACUGUAGUCUUUAUCUUGUUUUUCAUUUCUGUACUUGUGCUGUUAAUGAUUAAAUUUAAUAACUAUAA